GAGAGGUUUAAGAAGGGGGAAGAAAGGGACGUUGGGGAUCCGAGUUAAGGCGUUGUUUAGUGGCGGCAGCGGUGGAGGUGAAGGAGGAGCGCUGCUGCUGCUGCUGGUGGAGGCCGGCGUUGCAUGGAUUACGGCUGCUUAGGGUUUUUAACACAACGAGAAAGAGAGAGAGGAAGACACGGUCGGACUUCUCGAGUUACUUCCGAUCGUGUUUUUCCGAUCUGAAAAUUUUUUUUUUUUUUUGUUCUUUUCACGAUUCUGGACGUUGAAUGCUUGGAUCUCUCUUCUCUGAUCCGAAACUUUCUGGUUCAUUUGUCCUCUCUUACGAAGGAGGAGACAAAUUGUUGUUUUCUGACGCUCAGGGGCUUCUCCUGCACUCUCAACGGUGAAAAAGGGGAUUUUUUUUUUUCAAUCCUUGGGGUUUCUCGCAUACUACAUUUUUAGUUGCUCAUUCAGUUCCAGUAAAUCAUAGAGGUUGGCAUUAUCGAUGGAUCAGAAAUCGGUUUUUGGUUGAUGGACCUGCAUUUCAGUGCUUUGAGUUUGUAGGAAAUUUCCGUUGAUGGUGGAAGUGGAAAUAUCUUUUUCACAUAAAGCAUUUCUUGAUUGAUGAAUAUUUGAGGCAGAUUUCCGACGGCAUUGUGCGGCGUUCGUAUCUAUCUUCUUUCCCCAGUAAGCUCUUAUGGUAGAGGGAGGCUCCGUAAAACCUUCCAACGAUAACAAUUUCAUCGGAUGUGGACAGGAGAAGCAGGGGAUGAGAAAGGGGUAGCAUUUUCCUCGUGAUAGCUGAAGAAGGAAAACGUAACUUAGAUCUCGCAUUAAUGCCAUUUUUUGAAUGCAUGAACUUUGCUAAAUGACGGGCUUUGCAGGGCACGAAAUUGCUCUCUUUUUAUACUCUUCACUGAUCUAACGCUUUUUCUUCGGUCAUCGAAUUUCUCCAUUCAGUUUGGGGCUCUGGAUUCCCGUUGAGAUUUAAAACGAGAGCCUCAUCGACACAGGAACGAUCAGUGCGGUUCCGAAUGUCGUUCAAAAGUAUUGUUCGAGAGCUGAAAGAUGGGAUUGGGAACAUAUCGCGGAGACGGGUAGAAGGGAAGCACUCGCACAGCCGCACCAAAUCGCACGUCAACUCUGAUGGUCGUAUCAAAUCGCACGUCAGCUAUGAUGUUUGUCGGUUGCCUGCUGGAUCCGUUCAAAGCCGUUGGGCGAACCUGCCGCCAGAGCUGCUUCUUGAUAUCAUUCAGAGGCUAGAAGCGAGCGAGACUACUUGGCCUGCGCGGAGGCAUGUGGUUGCUUGUGCAUCUGUUUGCAGCUCAUGGAGAGAGAUUACAAAAGAGGUUGUGCAGACCCCAGAAAAAAGUGGGAGGCUCACAUUUCCUAUAUCUUUGAAACAGCCGGGACCGCGUGAUUCUCCGAUACAGUGCUUCAUAAGAAGGGAGAGAGCAACUUCUACUUAUCGGCUGUAUCUGGGUCUGACCCCUGCUCUGUUGGGGGAGAAUGGGAAAUUGUUGUUUGCAGCAAGGAAGACCAGAAGGGCAACAAGUACAGAUUUUGUGACAUCCUUGGAUGCAAAUGAUUUCUCCCGUGCAAGCAAUACAUAUGUUGGAAAACUGAGGUCAAAUUUUUUGGGGACCAAGUUCACUGUUUAUGAUAGCCAGCCACCAUAUGACGCUGCGGGCCAAUUAAAUAGUCGGCCCAAUCGAAGAAUCCAUGCUAAGCAGGUAUCACCAAGAGUCCCAGCCGGUAACUAUAGUAUAGCCACGAUCUCCUACGAGCUUAAUGUUCUUCGCACUAGAGGCCCAAGGAGGAUGCAAUGCACCAUGCAUUCCAUUCCUGUCUCUGCAAUUCAAGAAGGGGGAUCUGCUCCAACACCAACUGAAUUCCCGAACUCACUUGAUGAGCAAUUUUCCUUUUUAUCAGUUUCUAAACCCAAGGAUCCAGUUGUUGAUUUCAGCUCAACUAGCCUUUCAGAGCAACCAGCUUUAGUCCAUGGUGCAGGGGAAGCACUGGUUCUAAAGAACAAAGCGCCUAGAUGGCAUGAGCAGCUGCAGUGCUGGUGCCUAAAUUUUAGGGGGCGUGUUACUGUGGCCUCAGUUAAGAACUUCCAGCUUGUGGCAGCUGUAGAGCCUUCUCACCAAGUUUCAGUAGCAGAGCAAGAAAAGGUAAUACUGCAGUUUGGAAAGAUAGGCAAGGACAUAUUUACUAUGGAUUACCGUUACCCGCUCUCUGCCUUCCAAGCCUUUGCAAUCUGCCUUAGCAGCUUUGACACCAAGCCAGCCUGUGAAUGACUUCUUUUUCUGUUACUGAUCCUUGUUAUGGCUCAUUUCCAUAGAAAGUCAGUUGUAAAUAUUUUCAAAUGAAGGCUCAUUAAUAUCUGCCGUUAAUCAUCACUGAGUCUUUUAGAUGUGCAGGAAUUAGUUGACCUGUUGGUGGGGGUGCCCACAAAACAUGCCUUGUAAGCUGCAGUUCUAUUUACCUGUGGAUGGGAGUUAUACUGUAAUGCUCUUUCGAAGUUUUGUACUCUAUUACUACCAAAUUAUUUGAUAUUUAAUUUUGCAGAAAUCUGGUU